AUGCUGCAGAGGUGCAUGCCAUCCUCCACCCCUUCGCCCUUGCACUUGGUGUGCAGGCGGAGGGGCGCAGUUUACCGAAUCAGAGCCAACCCGCUCCACCAGCAGAAGAGACAACAGAGCUCAUGCAGCAACAACAGGCACAGAAAAAUAACAGUCAUUCCAUUUAGGCAAAAGGAUCAACCACUGCAUUAUAAAAACAUCCCCUUCUGUGUGGAGGAGCUGGACCUUAAGAGCAAAAAGGACCUCUUGGAAAUACACAAGACGGUGCGAAAUCUAAAGGAGAGGAAGAAUCUGCCCUCGGAUUUCAUUGAAAACUUAUUUUUAUGCACGAGGAAGUUUGUGCGCUCCCUACUACCUCACGAGUUUGUGCGAAUCUACAAAACGAUGGUAGUCGUGGGGAAGAAGGACAGGGAGUUGAACCUGCUGAUGCACCAGCAGAUGAAGAGGAUACACGCCAACUUUGACGUGGCCAGCAUCAGUAAGCUCUUUCAGCUCUUCACCUUCUCCAGGGCGAAGCCGGUGCAUUUGAUAAAGGUGCUGGCCGAGACGUUCCUGCGGCGCCUGCAGGGGGAGGUGGUCCACCCAGGGGACUCCACCCAAUCGGCUAGGUCAGCCAAGGCAGCCGCUCCGACCGCCGCUCCCGUGCAGCCCUGGCACGUGCGCGAGCUGGUGGCCAUCUUCUGCUUCUUCCGAAUCGACUCGAAGAAACACACCCAGUCCAUCUUCCACCUCUGCACCCCGUGGGUAGCGAAGAACGUGCGCAGACUCACCCCCAAGGAUGUCACGAUCAUUUUGUAUAGCAGCGUGCACCUGGGGAGGCAGGACCCCAUUCUGUUGAGCGCUGUAGUGAAGCAUGUAGCCUUUAAGGGGGACUCCUUUCAGUUUUUCCAGCUAGCCAUUAUCCUUAACUGUUUCGCCAAACUGGGAGAGAAGAACAACAAGCUGUGUAGAGUUGUCUGCGAGCAGGUUAAAAGGAGGAUGCGCCCGGCGCCCCCUCCAGAGGUGGCCACCCCAGCUGUUCUCCCCGACGAGGUGGUCGAAAUGGGUCCCACUGGUGUAGAAGGGGGUUGUGUGGCGAGUGCACUGGGGGGUCGCGUCGCUUCCCCCGCCGCUAACCUGUCAAGUGGGUGUGCAAUCGACCAUGAGAGCGACUCCACAGUUGUACUGCGGCACAACGGGGGAAAGGCCUCUACGGGGGGGCCCCCCCAACCGAAAGACGUGUCCGUGCUGCUGAACGCCCUGGUAAAGCUGGAGCACUACGACAAUGCAACGUUCAACUGCCUCAUCCCCUUCAUCGUUAACCACGCGCGGAAGUUCUCCCCCCAGUCGCUCAGCAACUUGGUUCACGCGUACUCUCAGAUGCAAAUAAAGAACACGUUGAUGCUGGCAAAGAUUUCAGAAGAGUGUAUUAUAAAAAUGAAGAAAUUUAAAAAUAGAGAAAUGAGCAAUUUGGCUAGCUCACUUGUCAGACUGAAUGUAAGAGACAAGGUCCUGUUCACCUACAUGAUUGAUGAGUUUCUCUACAGAGCCACCAUCGGGGUGAAAUAUAAAAGCUACCAGUUUGACGUGCUUUCUCUGCAGCAGCUGGCCUACUCCUUUAGCAAGGUGGGUCUGAGCGAUGAGAAGGUCUACGUGGUUCUGCACCGGUUGCUGCUUAGAAGGAUCAGCCAGCUUCGUAAGGGUGCCAGUCGGGGGGGCUCAUCGGCUGCGCUGGCGGCGGGAAACACAGGUGAGCUGCUUGGGCAACCGCUUUGGCAGCGCUCUGAUGGGGGUGGGGCCCAGUUCGACUUCCUCUGCCUGACCACGCUCGUAAAAUCCUACGCCGCCACACAAAUGAAGCCCAAGCACUUGUCCCACUUCGUGAGUUACAUCAUAAGGGAGAAGAAGAAAAAAAAAGAGUUACUAUCAAAUCAGUCCCUGUGCUGUCUGGUGUACGGGCUAGCGAAACUGAAACUGCCAGACCGGAAGAUCCAUCAGCUACUCCUCAAGGAAGGCACCGAGCGGGUAGACACGAUGAAGCCAUUCCAGGCGGUACUCCUCCUCUAUUCGUUUAGCAAGCUGAGAGUCUACUCCCGCAUGUUUGUGAAGAGGGCAGUGCAGCUGUGCAGUCGGCACAUACACCAGUUGACCUUGGCCGAUUUGUCGUUGGCAUGUUACUCCUUAUCAAAUUUGCUCUACCGAGAUGCAAUUUUCUUAUAUAAAGCGUCGAACGUGAUUCUGCUUAACCACUUGGAACUGGAGAGGACCAACGUGUGCCAGCUGUUUAACUCCCUCACCAAGCUGUGCUUCUACUACAAGCCCGUUUACCAGCUGGUGCUCCAACGGAUGGUCCUCUGCAUGCACGACUUGGGGGAGAAGGAGCUGGCCAACCUCGCGCUCUCCUUCGCGUACUACUUCCACGCGGCGCGGCUCAGCCGGUGCGAGGGGCUAUCGGAAGAGAAACCGUCGGGGGAGAAGCAAAAAGAGAGCCUAUCGGAAGAGAGCCCAUCGGAGGAGAGCCCAUCGGAGCGGCGGCUCGCGCUGAGCCAGCCGGAGCUCCUCUUCAGAAACGAGCUGAACAUUUUCUUCAACCUCAUCUUUUUGCUAAACGAAAAGCACCGCCAGCAAAUGUCCCUCAUAAGCAUCCAGCAGCUGCAGGUAGUCGACCUCCACCUCAGAGCCUUCUUUCCCAAGUACUGCCACUUCCCAGCGUUUCUAAAAACAUUUUUUCUUAAGGUGAGGAGUGUGAAGCGAAGCGUCGAUGACUACCUAAUUCUGUCAUCCAAAACGCACCGAAACGUUUCGCGCUUCCUCAGCCUCGUCGGCGUUUCCCACAGGAGCGAAGUUCAGUUCGGCCCCUACCAACUCGACAUCGUGGUGGACUUCCUGCAGGGUGGAAGCAAACUGGGGGCGGGGUUCCCCAGUGGGGGAGGUCCCCGCGUGGAUCACUCCAAAGUGGAGGAGCACUUCAAAAUGGAUGACCACCCCAAUGUAGACGCAAUGUACCAAACGAAAACGUUGGAGGGGAAGAACCCCCUCGCAGAAGGCACCCAUCCAGAAAGACCACAAGCAUACCCCGUGCUGCAAAAAAGAGUGAAAAAAAACAUCCUCGUCGAAGUGGAUGGGGUAUCCCACUUCUACAAGGAGAGUCACAGUAGGACCAUCAACUCGAUUAUAAAAAAAUUCAUUUUGCAAAAAUGUGGGUGGCACAUAAUACACAUCCCCUAUCAGGAAUGGAACCAGUGCGUAGAUUUUAGGCGGAAGGUUCUGUACGCCCUUCAGGUGCUGCGACAGAUUUUGCGCAUCAACAGGGAGGACAUCUCCGUGGGGGAUUUUCUCCACCUCCGGGGCAGCCACCCCCCUGUGCAGGGACACACAUGCAGGGCAGCGGCGCACAGGAGAGCAGCACAUGCACACGCGACUAACAAUGAGGAACAAGUCACAUCUGUAGAAGCGGAAAGACUCACCACUUCUACCCUUGACGAGGUGAAGCGUGGGGCCAACCGAAUGGACACCGACACCCCCCACUUCUACACCGUCAGCGAAGAGGAGCUGUUCCGCAAUCAGACGAAGAACCGAAGCAGACAUCAAAAGGGAUUAAUGGAGAAGAUGCACCAGGGCAAUCAACUCAGCUACCACUUCAACGUGGCCCAUCAGGGGGGUAGCGCCGAUGGGGAGGAAGUUGCGAGUGGAACAGAUGAGCUGUCACCCCGCGUGAGACCUUAAACGUGAUGCCAUUUUUUUGUGAUAUCUUCCCCUUUUGGCAAGGGGCACAACAUACAGCGUAAUCAUAGCGCUGUUCCCCCGUUGGCAACUCGCCGCACGCGCGACUUGCUCUUCAGCGUGACUUUCUCUUGGAGGGUUGGCCUUCCUCCACCCGCAUCCACUCAACCCAACUUUGCAGUCAGUGUCCGGUGCGUACACGUGGGUAUG